AUGGGUGACUCCGGCCUCCUCGCCCUGCCCAAGGCCCGGCCCGGCUGGUUCCUCGCCUCCGCCCUGGCCUUAGUCGCUGCGCUAGGGGUGGCCACGGCCUGGCGGGCUCGUCGACGGCGGGCUCGUCGAGGCCUGGUGCGGGUGGGGACGGUGUCGGGGCUCUUCGUUUAUCCGGUCAAGUCCUGCCGUGGAGUGGCCGUGAAGCAGGCCGAAGUGUCUCAACUGGGUCUCGGCUGCGGAGACAUGCGCGACAGGCAUUGGCUUGUAAUAAAGGAAGAUGGGCAUAAAGUGACUGCUCGGGAAGAACCUCGGCUGGUGUUAAUUUCUCUCACUUGUGAAAAUGGAUAUCUAACUUUGAGUGCUCCAGAAAUGAAAGAUCUUCAUAUUCCUGCUGAGUUAUCACAAAAAAAUCCAGUGCAAAAUUGCAGGGUGUUUGGCUUUGACAUCCAAGGAAGAGACUGUGGUGAAGAGGCAGCUCGGUGGAUCACGGCCUUUCUGAAUUCGCAUCCAUAUCGCCUUGUUCAUUUUGAACUAAACAUGGUUCCAAGGAAUGCAAAAGAUCUUAUGGAGCCUUUUCGACCCAGUGAUAAGAUUGCCUACCCUGACUGUAGUCCAGUUAUGGUACUCUCUGAAGCCUCUGUGGAAGAGCUAAAUUCCCGGCUGGAGAAGAAAGUUCAAAUACGUAACUUCAGGCCAAAUAUUGUGGUCACUGGCUGUGGUCCUCAUGAGGAGGAUACUUGGGAUGAGAUAGUGAUUGGAAAUGUAGAAAUGAAAGGCGUAAUGGCCUGCCCACGGUGUAUUUUUACAACUGUUGAUCCAGAUACCGGGAUAAUGGACAGGAAAGAGCCUCUUGACACCCUGAAAAGCUACCGCCAAUGUGAUCCAUCUGAGCAGCAUAUAUAUAAAUCACACCCACUCUUUGGGUGGUACUUUGGAAUUGCUAAAACAGGAACACUUCAGGUUGGAGACCCAGUGUACAAGAUAAUCGGGUAAUACAGAAGCAACCCAAAUGGAAACUCUUCUUUUGUACCUUUAAGUGCCUUUUUGCGGGGAAAAAAGAUUUAGCGCUCUUUUUUAUGUAAUGCAUAUUUUUUGUAUUCCAGUUAGAAAAAUUAAUGUAAUACUUUUAUGAAAUAUUGGUGCACACAGAACUUUCUUUAAAAGGCUUGAGUUUGAAGGAGAAAGUUGUUACAGUAAUAAGCAGAUCCUUUUGUAUGUUGUGCAUACAUAAUUAGCUCUGUACCUUUUCAGAAUUCAACUUUUAAACUCAUUGUAAGUGGAUUAAUGGAAGUCUACUGGGAGGCUUAAAAACUGAGUCACAUCACUGAAAAAUUCCUUGGGAAUAAAUUCAGGUGGUUAGCUGUAUUGCUCUGAAGUAUUAAAACAAAGUUUGAGUCCAGUGAUGCCUUUAAGACCAACAGAGUUUUAUUCUGGUUAUAACUUUGUUGGUCUUAAAGGUGCUGCUGGACUCAAACUUUGUUCAACUUGGAAAUAAGUUUAAUUGAUGCCAGUUCAUAUAAUGGCAUUUAUCCAACUACAGAGUUCAAAGACUUAAUAGCACCUAAGUCUUUGGAAGAGGGCACAGUGAUUUCCUGCAGUUGUUCUCUCUCACUGCAGAGCCCUACUUUGUCCCACUGCUGUUUCUGAGGAAUGUCUGACCCACCAGAACAAUGUAUCAGGGGCUCAAGGGACUGCAAUAGGAGGGGAAAUGGGAAAAGUACCUGACCAUGAAGUUCACAGAUGGUUAGAUACAACUGGAUUUGGAGUCGAUCAGACUGAAAAACAACAACUUGCCUUUAAUAUUUUUCUUCCAUUCCAUUCAUGUUGUAUCCACUUUCGUUAUGACCAAAAAAAACCCUGACCCAAAAGAUGGCCAGUUUAAACAGAUACAAGUGAAAUUUCUCUUAAUGUUAAGAGAUCAGUUGUAUUUUUGGGGAUAUAUUUGAAUAUAUAUUUUUUUAAUCACUGAAUUGUAACCGUUCUAAGCAACUUACUUCAGGCAAUAUUAUUUGAAUGUACUUUUAUACAAAUCAAUCUUUGGAUGUGGUGAUUGAAUUAAAGCAACUAAUAGAGAUUCACUAUGGGCCUGUUCAGAUGUACAGUUUAAUCAGUUGUUGCUGCUGUUUCCUACUGGAUUAAAAGUGGCUGAUCAGGCAGCAA